AUGAUUGACUUACACUGUCCUCCUCUUUCUAAUAUUCACUGUCUUUUUAAUUUACUUUUUCUCCUUCAGAAUCUUCAUGUCCAUUUCUCUUUAUUUUCUUAUGAUGAUUCUUUGAAUCUUUUGAAUUUUUUUAUAACUUUUUUGACACUCUUCUUUUUCCUUCUUUUCAUUCAGAAUAUUUUGUCAUAUUCUGCUGGUUAUUUUCCUUUUAUCAUUUUCUUCUUUAGAAUUUUUUCAACACCUUACACUUCCUUUUUCAAAUACUUUUCCUUCAGAUUUUUCUUUUUCAUAUUUCUCUUUUACUUUCCCAUCUUCUUUUUCAGAUUCUUCCACCUUUUCUUUUUCUUUAGAUUCUUCUUCACUGUUAUGAUUCAUAUAUUCUUCCUUUUUCAUUUCCUUCAUUUUUUUUUUUUCAUAUUUAAUUCCACCUUUUCUUUCUUUAGAUUCUUCUUCAUCUUUACCAUUCUUACUUUCAUAUAUUUUUCCUUUUUCACUUUCUUCAGAUUUUUCUUAAGUUUAUUCCUCUUUUAUACUGUAGAUGUUUUCUUUUUCUCCUUAUUUUCUUUCAGAUUCAUCGUUGAAUACUUCACCUUUUUUUCUUUUCUUUCUUUAGAUUUCUUCAUUAUCUUCACUAUUCUUACUUUUUUUUUCCUUCACAUUUUUCUUUUGUAUUCCUUUUUUAUGUUAUAG